AAUAUUUGUCGGCACAGGGCUCUGCACUGUAGUCGCCUCGCUUUUUUGGAAAACGUUUUCUUCAUUUUUUGUGCUGGUGAUUUUUUUAUAAUUUAAGAAUUAUUUUCAUUUAAAAUAUAAAACAAUUGUUGAAAAAAUAUAAUAUAGAAUAAAAUUAAUCAUACUACUGUAUGAUUAGAGGUGGCGAGAUUUGCGAAAAAUGUCUAUACCACCAUAUAUGAUACCGCCCAAUGCUUGGGCGGCACAAAUUAUGGCCCAGCAGCAGGCUCAAGCCUAUGCUGCUGCAGCCCAGGCCCAACAAGCACAGAUGCAUGCCCAUCAAAUGGCUAAUCAAAUACAGCAGAUACCACCACCUGGAGCACCGCUGCCACCACCACCCCAGCAAGUGGGUAUGCCGCCACAAGCGGUACAGGCUCAAUUAGGACAAAUCCCUACGCCCAAACCAGAUAUACCUGAGGAAAAGCUGCAGGAAAAGGCUAUGAAAUGGCAGCAAUUGCAAUCGAAACGUUUUGCUGACAAACGUAAAUUCGGCUUUGUGGAUGCCCAAAAAGAAGAUAUGCCUCCCGAACAUAUUCGUAAGAUUAUACGUGAUCAUGGUGAUAUGACAUCGCGCAAAUAUCGUCACGAUAAACGUGUCUACUUGGGUGCUUUAAAAUACAUGCCACAUGCUGUACUUAAACUUUUGGAAAAUAUGCCCAUGCCCUGGGAACAAAUAAGAGAUGUACAGGUACUAUAUCAUAUAACGGGUGCCAUCACCUUUGUCAAUGAAAUACCUUGGGUUAUAGAACCCGUAUACAUAGCCCAAUGGGGUACCAUGUGGAUUAUGAUGCGUCGUGAAAAACGUGAUCGUCGUCAUUUCAAACGUAUGCGUUUUCCUCCCUUCGAUGAUGAAGAACCUCCCCUUGACUAUGCCGACAAUGUAUUGGAUGUUGAACCUUUAGAAGCCAUACAAAUCGAAUUGGAUCAAGAUGAAGAUGGUUCUGUCUACAAAUGGUUUUAUGACCAUCGUCCUCUUGUUGGUACUCCAUAUGUUAAUGGUUCUACUUACCGCAAAUGGAAUUUGACGCUACCUCAACUGGCUACUCUAUAUCGUUUGGCCAAUCAACUACUUACCGAUUUGGUAGAUGAUAAUUUCUUUUAUCUUUUCGAUCCUAAAAGUUUCUUUACGGCUAAAGCCUUAAAUAUGGCUAUACCUGGUGGACCGAAAUUUGAACCUUUAAUAAAAGAUCAUAAUGUGGGCGAUGAAGAUUGGAAUGAGUUUAAUGACAUUAAUAAAGUUAUUAUACGUCAACCUAUACGUACAGAAUACAGGAUCGCAUUCCCCUAUCUUUAUAAUAAUAUGCCACAUUUUGUGCAUCUUUCAUGGUAUCAUACACCCAACGUUGUCUAUAUCAAAACAGAAGAUCCUGAUUUACCAGCUUUUUAUUUUGAUCCUUUAAUUAAUCCCAUUUCACAUCGUCAUGCUAAUGUCACUAAAAUACCUGAACCAUUACCCGAUGACGAUGAAGAUUUUUCUCUACCCGAAGAAGUACAACCAUUUUUACAAGAUACACCCUUAUACACAGACAAUACCGCCAAUGGUAUAUCUUUGUUAUGGGCACCAAGACCUUUUAACUUAAGAUCUGGCCGUUGUAGAAGAGCUAUUGAUAUACCUUUGGUAAAAUGUUGGUAUAAAGAACAUUGUCCUCCUGGACAUCCCGUAAAAGUACGUGUCAGUUAUCAGAAACUAUUGAAAUAUUAUGUUUUGAAUGCUUUAAAACAUCGCCGACCAAAACCACAACGUAAGAGAUAUCUCUUCCGUUCCUUUAAAUCUACAAAAUUCUUCCAAACUACUACUCUCGAUUGGGUAGAAGCUGGCUUGCAGGUCUGUCGUCAAGGUUAUAAUAUGUUAAAUCUUUUGAUUCAUCGUAAAAAUUUGAAUUAUCUUCAUUUGGAUUAUAAUUUCAAUUUAAAACCGGUCAAGACCUUAACCACCAAAGAACGUAAAAAGUCCAGAUUCGGUAACGCUUUCCAUUUGUGUCGUGAAAUCCUACGUCUUACGAAAUUGAUUAUUGACUCUCAUGUUCAAUAUCGUUUGAAUAAUGUCGAUGCCUUUCAACUGGCUGAUGGUCUACAGUAUAUAUUUGCUCAUGUGGGUCAAUUAACGGGCAUGUAUCGUUACAAAUACAAACUUAUGAGACAGAUACGCAUGUGCAAAGAUUUAAAACAUUUAAUUUACUAUCGUUUCAAUACGGGUCCUGUGGGUAAAGGUCCUGGUUGUGGUUUCUGGGCUCCUGGUUGGCGUGUUUGGUUAUUCUUUAUGCGUGGCAUCACUCCUCUAUUGGAACGUUGGUUGGGUAACUUAUUGUCCCGUCAAUUCGAGGGCCGUCAUUCAAAGGGCGUUGCUAAAACGGUUACCAAACAGCGUGUAGAAUCACAUUUCGAUUUGGAAUUGCGUGCCUCUGUUAUGCAUGAUAUUGUCGAUAUGAUGCCUGAGGGUAUUAAACAAAACAAGGCCAGAACCAUUCUUCAACAUUUAUCCGAAGCUUGGCGUUGUUGGAAGGCCAAUAUUCCCUGGAAGGUACCUGGUCUACCCAUACCUAUUGAGAAUAUGAUUUUAAGAUAUGUCAAAAUGAAAGCUGAUUGGUGGACUAAUACUGCUCAUUAUAAUCGGGAACGUAUACGUCGUGGUGCUACUGUCGAUAAAACUGUUUGUAAAAAGAAUUUGGGUCGUCUAACACGUCUCUAUCUAAAGGCAGAACAGGAACGUCAACAUAAUUACCUAAAGGAUGGUCCUUAUAUAUCACCCGAAGAAGCUGUAGCCAUCUAUACGACCACCGUACAUUGGUUAGAAUCACGUAGAUUUGGUCCCAUACCCUUCCCUCCUUUAUCGUACAAACACGAUACCAAACUUUUAAUUUUAGCCUUAGAACGUCUUAAAGAGGCCUACAGUGUAAAAUCACGUUUAAAUCAAAGUCAACGUGAAGAAUUGGGUCUAAUCGAACAAGCUUAUGAUAAUCCACAUGAAGCUCUAUCACGUAUUAAAAGACAUUUACUAACGCAAAGAGCUUUCAAAGAAGUUGGCAUUGAAUUUAUGGAUUUAUAUAGUCAUUUAAUACCUGUCUAUGAUGUAGAACCUUUGGAAAAGAUUACCGAUGCCUAUUUAGAUCAAUAUCUAUGGUAUGAAGCCGAUAAGAGACGUUUAUUCCCACCAUGGAUUAAGCCAAGCGAUACAGAACCACCACCACUAUUGGCUUAUAAAUGGUGUCAAGGUAUUAACAAUCUUCAAGAUGUCUGGGAUGUAAGUGAAGGCGAAUGCAAUGUCUUACUGGAAAGUCGUUUCGAGAAACUUUAUGAGAAAAUCGAUUUAACACUACUCAAUCGUCUAUUGCGUCUUAUAGUCGAUCAUAAUAUUGCCGAUUAUAUGACAGCCAAAAACAAUGUAGUCAUCAAUUACAAGGAUAUGAAUCAUACCAACAGUUAUGGCAUUAUACGAGGUCUUCAGUUCUCUUCGUUUAUUACACAAUAUUAUGGUUUAGUAUUAGAUCUAUUGGUGCUUGGUUUGCACAGAGCAAGUGAAAUGGCUGGACCACCACAAAUGCCAAAUGAUUUCUUAACUUUCCAAGAUACACCCACAGAGACGGCUCAUCCCAUACGUUUGUAUUGUCGUUAUGUCGAUCGUGUUCAUUUGUUCUUUAGAUUUAGCGCCGAAGAAGCUAGAGAUUUGAUACAACGUUAUCUGACCGAACAUCCCGAUCCAAAUAAUGAAAAUAUUGUGGGCUAUAAUAAUAAAAAAUGUUGGCCACGUGAUGCUCGUAUGCGUUUAAUGAAACACGAUGUUAAUUUGGGCCGUGCUGUUUUCUGGGAUAUUAAAAAUCGUUUACCCCGCUCCGUUACCACCAUUAAUUGGGAAAAUACUUUUGUUUCAGUUUACUCUAAGGAUAAUCCUAAUCUUCUGUUUAACAUGUGUGGUUUUGAGUGCCGUAUUUUACCCAAGUGUCGCACCCAAAAUGAAGAAUUUACUCAUCGUGAUGGUGUUUGGAAUUUACAAAAUGAAGUGACUAAAGAACGUACUGCCCAAUGUUUCUUGCGUGUAGAUGAUGAGUCUUUGGGUCGUUUCCAUAAUCGUGUUAGACAAAUUUUAAUGGCUUCUGGUUCUACUACUUUCACUAAGAUUGUUAACAAAUGGAAUACAGCUUUGAUUGGUUUAAUGACAUAUUUCCGUGAGGCUGUUGUCAAUACCCAAGAACUUUUAGAUCUUUUGGUUAAAUGUGAAAAUAAGAUACAAACCCGUAUUAAGAUUGGUUUGAACUCUAAAAUGCCUUCCCGUUUUCCACCGGUGGUGUUUUAUACACCCAAAGAAUUGGGUGGUUUGGGCAUGUUGAGUAUGGGUCACGUUUUGAUACCGCAAUCCGAUUUAAGAUGGUCUAAACAAACAGAUGUAGGCAUUACGCAUUUCCGUUCUGGUAUGUCCCAUGAUGAGGAUCAAUUGAUUCCAAAUCUCUACCGUUACAUACAACCUUGGGAGAGUGAAUUUAUCGAUUCGCAACGUGUAUGGGCUGAAUAUGCACUGAAACGUCAAGAGGCCAGUACCCAGAAUAGACGUUUAACUCUAGAGGACUUGGAAGAUUCCUGGGAUCGUGGUAUACCCCGUAUUAAUACACUCUUCCAAAAAGAUCGUCAUACUUUAGCCUAUGACAAGGGCUGGCGUAUACGCACCGAGUUCAAACAAUAUCAGGUGCUCAAACAAAAUCCCUUCUGGUGGACCCACCAGCGUCAUGAUGGUAAAUUAUGGAAUUUAAAUAACUAUCGCACAGAUAUGAUCCAAGCCUUGGGAGGUGUAGAGGGUAUUUUGGAACAUACACUCUUUAAGGGUACCUAUUUCCCCACCUGGGAGGGUCUUUUCUGGGAAAAGGCUUCUGGAUUUGAAGAAUCCAUGAAAUACAAGAAAUUGACCAAUGCCCAACGUUCCGGUUUGAAUCAAAUUCCCAAUCGUCGUUUUACACUCUGGUGGUCACCCACCAUUAAUCGUGCCAACGUUUAUGUUGGUUUCCAGGUGCAAUUGGAUUUAACGGGUAUUUUCAUGCACGGUAAAAUACCCACUUUGAAAAUUUCCCUUAUACAGAUUUUCAGAGCCCAUUUAUGGCAAAAAAUACACGAAUCUAUUGUUAUGGAUUUGUGUCAGGUCUUCGAUCAAGAGUUAGAUGCUUUGGAAAUUGAAACGGUACAAAAGGAAACUAUACAUCCGCGUAAGUCAUAUAAAAUGAAUUCUUCUUGUGCAGAUAUUUUGCUUUUCCCCGCCUAUAAAUGGAAUGUUUCAAGACCCUCGUUGCUGGCCGACACUAAAGACACCAUGGACAAUACAACCACACAGAAAUACUGGCUGGAUAUACAGCUACGUUGGGGUGAUUACGAUUCCCACGAUGUUGAACGUUAUGCCAGAGCAAAAUUCUUAGAUUAUACCACAGACAACAUGUCCAUCUAUCCCUCGCCUACGGGUGUCCUCAUAGCCAUAGAUUUGGCUUAUAAUUUGCAUUCUGCCUAUGGCAAUUGGUUCCCUGGUUGCAAAACCCUUAUACAACAAGCCAUGGCCAAGAUAAUGAAAGCUAAUCCUGCUCUUUAUGUUUUAAGAGAACGUAUACGUAAGGCUUUACAAUUGUAUUCUUCGGAGCCUACCGAACCCUAUUUAAGUUCUCAAAAUUAUGGUGAAUUGUUCUCCAAUCAGAUUAUUUGGUUUGUGGACGAUACCAAUGUCUAUCGUGUCACCAUACACAAGACAUUUGAGGGUAAUUUAACUACCAAACCCAUUAAUGGAGCAAUUUUCAUUUUCAAUCCUCGUACGGGCCAACUGUUUUUGAAGAUUAUUCACACUUCGGUAUGGGCGGGUCAAAAACGUUUGGGUCAAUUGGCUAAAUGGAAAACAGCAGAAGAAGUUGCUGCUCUUAUUCGUUCAUUGCCGGUGGAAGAACAGCCUAAGCAGAUUAUUGUUACCCGUAAGGGUAUGUUGGAUCCUUUGGAAGUGCAUUUAUUGGAUUUCCCUAAUAUUGUUAUUAAGGGUUCCGAACUGCAGUUACCAUUCCAGGCUUGCUUGAAAGUGGAGAAAUUUGGUGAUUUGAUUCUAAAGGCUACAGAACCACAAAUGGUUCUUUUCAAUCUAUACGAUGAUUGGCUCAAGACUAUUUCGUCCUACACGGCCUUCAGUCGUUUGAUAUUGAUUUUAAGAGCUUUACAUGUAAAUACCGAAAGAACGAAAAUUAUAUUGAAACCCGAUAAGACCACCAUUACCGAGGCCCAUCACAUAUGGCCGACGCUAACGGAUGAAGAAUGGAUUAAGGUAGAAGUGCAACUGAAAGAUUUGAUUCUAGCCGAUUAUGGUAAGAAGAACAAUGUCAAUGUAGCCUCACUCACGCAAUCGGAAAUUCGUGAUAUUAUUUUGGGUAUGGAAAUCAGUGCUCCUUCGGCUCAACGGCAGCAAAUAGCAGAAAUUGAAAAACAAACAAAAGAACAAAAUCAAUUGACAGCCACCACCACUAGGACUACCAACAAACAUGGUGAUGAAAUCAUUACCUCCACUACCUCAAAUUAUGAAACACAAACGUUUAGCUCGAAAACUGAAUGGCGUGUCAGAGCCAUAUCGGCCACUAAUCUUCAUCUAAGAACAAAUCACAUCUAUGUCAGCUCAGAUGACAUUAAAGAAACGGGCUACACCUAUAUAUUGCCCAAAAAUAUACUCAAGAAGUUUGUCACCAUCUCCGAUUUAAGAGCUCAAAUUGCUGGCUAUUUAUAUGGUGUAAGUCCUCCAGAUAAUCCUCAGGUCAAAGAGAUACGUUGUAUUGUUAUGCCUCCCCAAUGGGGUACACAUCAAACCAUUAAUCUACCCAAUAGCCUGCCAACACAUCAAUACCUUAAGGAUAUGGAACCUUUGGGUUGGAUUCAUACACAACCCAAUGAAUUGCCACAACUAUCACCGCAAGACAUUACCACUCACGCGAAAGUAAUGCAAGAAAAUUCCACUUGGGAUGGUGAAAAAACCAUUAUAAUAACUUGCUCCUUUACACCGGGUUCCUGCUCGCUGACAGCCUAUAAAUUAACACCCUCCGGUUUUGAAUGGGGUUCUAAAAAUACCGACAAAGGUAAUAAUCCCAAGGGUUAUCUACCCUCCCACUAUGAACGUGUACAAAUGCUGCUGUCCAAUAAAUUCUUGGGCUUCUUUAUGGUACCCUCCCAGGGCAGUUGGAAUUAUAAUUUCAUGGGUGUGCGACAUGAUCCCAAUAUGAAAUAUGAUUUGCAAUUGGCAAAUCCUAAAGAAUUCUAUCAUGAAAUUCAUCGUCCUUCUCACUUUUUACUAUUCGCCAACUUGGAGGAUGGUGGUGAUGGUUCGGGAGCUGAUCGUGAAGAUGUUUAUGCUUAAAAUGUUUAGUUUCUGUCUUUAUAUCCUGAAUAUACAUACAUAGCU